AUGACUUCCCCCGAGGAACAGGCGUACCGUCUGCUGACCGAGUACUCAAAUGGGUUCAUGGUCUCCCAGGUUCUGUUUGCCGCCUGUGAGCUGGGCGUGUUUGACCUUCUGGCUGAGGCCCCAGAGCCCCUGGGUGCGGCGGCAGUGGCUGCACGGUUGGGCACCAGCUCCUGUGGGACAGAGCUCCUGCUGGACACCUGUGUGUCCCUGAAGCUGCUUCAGGUGCAAACAAGGAGGGGAAAAGCUUUGUACCAAAACACAGAGCUCUCCAGCACCUACCUGGUCAGGGCCAGUCCCAAGUGCCAGGCUAACAUGCUGCGGUACCUGGCCAGGACGACAUAUCUGUGCUGGGGCCACGUGGCCCAGGCCGUGAGGGACGGCAAGAACCAGUAUCAGGAGACAUUUGGGGUUCCCUCUGACGAGCUCUUCACCGCCAUCUACAGAUCUGAGGGCGAGCGGCUGCAGGUCAUGCGAGGUCUGCAGGACGUCUGGAGCAUCAGCGGGAGGCAUGUGCUGGCCGCUUUUGACCUGUCCCCGUUCCCGCUCAUCUGCGACAUUGGUGGAGAUUUCUUUAAAGACCCGCUUCCGGAGGCGGAUCUCUACAUCCUGGCGAGGGUCCUGCAUGACUGGACCGAUGCGCGGUGCUCACAUCUGCUGGCAAGGAUCCAUCGUGCCUGCAAACCAGGUGGCGGCAUCCUGGUGAUUGAAAGCCUCCUGGAUGCAGAUGGGCGGGGCCCUCUGACCACGCAGCUGUACUCGCUGAACAUGCUGGUGCAGACGGAGGGCCGGGAGAGGACCCCCGCCCAGUACCUCGCACUCCUGGCUCCUGCUGGCUUUCAGGACUUCCAGUGUAGGAGAACCGGGGGCAUUUACGAUGCCAUCCUAGCCAGGAGGUAG